UUCAGUUCUGUCAAAGCAUUUUGAUAAUCAAAUUUAAUUAAUUACUUUUAAGAAAUGAACGGGGCCAUUCGAAAUGGUUCAAGUAUUUAUUUCUUGUGAACAACGCUAUAGUUUCGAAUCGGGAAUGGUUAAGAAACUUUAACCAACGAAGAUUUAGUCGACGUUUAAGUUGAAGAAUUUGUAACCUAUUGUCCCUGAAGUACAAUCGACAUGGAUUACAAGUCGUUCUUCAUAGACUUCAUGGCAGGAGGAAUUUCUGCUGCGAUUUCGAAAACCGCAGUCGCACCCAUAGAACGAGUAAAGAUACUCCUUCAAGUGCAAGAAACUUCGCAACAUAUAAAAGUUGAACAACGUUACAAAGGAAUUCUUGACAUAUUGAUACGAGUGCCUAAAGAAACAGGCUUCUUCAGUUUAUGGAGAGGAAAUCUGGCAAACGUGAUUCGAUAUUUUCCCACUCAGGCAUUGAACUUUGCCUUCAAGGACAAUUUCAAAAAACUUUUCUUGGAGGGUGUACCAAAAGAUGAUUUCUGGAAACAGUUCGCUGGGAAUUUAGGGGCUGGAGGUGCUGCAGGGGCAUCUUCUUUGGUUUUCGUAUAUCCUCUCGAUUAUGCACGAACUAGGUUAGCAGCAGAUAUUGGACAAGCAAAAGGUAGAGAAUAUAAUGGAAUGAUGGAUUGUCUAGUGAAAACUUUUAAAUCCGAUGGACCAGUUGGUUUGUAUCGAGGAUUUGUCGUGAGUGUUCAAGGGAUAAUAUUAUACAGAGCAUCUUAUUUUGGAUUUUACGACACGUCAAGAUCACUUUUACCAAAUCCUAAAGAGACACCACUUAUCAUUAAUUUUUGUAUCGCUGAGACAGUGACGACAGUCGCGGGGAUUAUUUCUUAUCCAUUCGACACAGUCAGGAGAAGAAUGAUGAUGCAAUCAGACAGAGCUAAGGGACAGAUGAUGUACAAAAAUACCCUGGAUUGUUGGACGAAAACUUUAAAACAAGAAGGUCCUUCAGCAUUUUUCAAAGGCGCUUUUUCCAACAUUUUACGAGGAACUGGAGGUGCUUUGGUGUUAAUUUUUUACGAUGUGGCAAAGGAAUUAAUUGAAAAGGGUAUAUCCGAAUAAUGUUAAUUAUUCUAAUUUAGUAGCAGAGAUGAAGUUUUACUCGCAUUGCUUUUCGUUCUUUGAAUGUGACUUAAAUAACAAUAAUUGACUUGAAUUUAAUCAGCAUAAGUAUUUUCGAAAAAAAAAUAAUAAA